UAUUGAGGACAUCGAAGAACACGCUGCGUACGACUGGGGAAAGUUGCUUGUAGAGACUCUGAAUAGCGUACCACGGACAACCGCAACAAGCUGUCCCAAGGCCAUGUCUUCGACGCCGCCACGGACGCCCCAAAAGCGCAAAGCUCCAGAGGCCCCUUCCACGCCGCCGACCGUGUCAGCCAAGGGCCAGGGUGCGCCCGCCGCGGCGCCCAUGACACCGCCGACGACGCUCGUGAGCCCGGCGGAGCCGCGGCCCAAAAAGCAGAACGUAUCGAGAGAGGCGGUCCCGGUGUCUCAGGACGAUGAGGAGGAGCGCGGCGCCGUCGCGGCGGCGGAGGAGACGACGCUCGCGCUGCGGCAGCUCGUGCCGGGGCGGAGCCGCGAGACGCUUCCGGGCCGGAUAGUAGCCAAGUGCGGCAAUUGUUAUAAAUGUGGGCAGCCGGGCCACUUCGCACGCGACUGCCUGCUGGAGUCCAGGGUUUUUCCUGCCAAAUACCCUGGCGUGUGUCAAGGCUGCCGCGGUCCGAUACGCGAGGAGGAGGAUAUCACGCGAUGCCGCGGCGGCUAUGCGCACGAGGCCUGCAAGAUAAGCGUGGUUGUAGUGGAGGACCGAGAAGCGUUGCGGAGGCUCGAAGGCCCGGCGACGCCGGCGGACGAGGCGGAGGCAGUUCGCGAGUUCAUGCGGAGCGGCAACGGCCACGCGCUCGUCGAGGCGGGUGCGGGCUCGGGCAAGACGCGGCUGCUCGUCGACAUCGCGUGUGAGUGCGAGGGCGGCGGCCGCCGGGCCCUCGUCCUCGCGUUCAACAAGGCCGCGCAACUCGAGCUCCGGAAACGCGGCGUGCGCGAGGCCAAGACGUUCCACGCGUUCGGCCUCGCCGCGUGGAAGGAGCAUCUGGGCGGGAACGUGAAUGUCUAUCUGGGGAAGAAGUCCGUGCUGCUGCUGCACGCGCUCUACCCGCCGUCGCGGGCCGACGACGGUCCCAAGGCGAAGGUGUCGCUCACGUGCCUAGUGUUCCGCGGCUUCGUCGACAAGCUCGUGUCCGCCGCCAAAAUUCGGUGCGUCGGCGUGGAGGGCUUCGCCAGCGACGCGGAGGGGCUCCGUGAAAUCGCCGAGACGUGUCCUGCCUACGGCAAGAGCCUCGAGAAGCGGUGCUCGGGCCUCCCACGCCCUGUCAGAGACCGGCUGAAGGCGCGGUGGCCGACACGCACAGCCCUGUUGCAGCGGGGCGUCGAGCUCGCCGUCGAGGUCCUGGAGGCGAGCUGCGAGACGGCGCGGUCGGCCCACUGGAGGGGUAGGACGCACCUCGUGUCCACCCGCGGCAGGCGGAAGAAGCUCCCCCUGCUCGACGGCGCCGACAUGCUUUACAUGGCGCUCGCCGACGGUAUCCGAUUGGAUCCCGACGCCGAGGAGCCGAUCUCGGUCCUCCUCGUCGACGAGGCGCAGGACUCGAACGCGGCGCGGCGCGAGAUGUGCCUGCGCCUCCAGCGAGACAGCGGGUGCCGCGUCGUCGCCGUCGGCGACGACUGCCAGGCGAUCUACGCGUUCCUCGGCGCGGACUCCGGCGCGCUCGCGCGCAUCGGGGAGAUUUUCGCAAUGCGCCGCUUCCCGCUGUCGACGUGUUAUCGCUGCCCGCGCAGCCACGUCAAGCUGGCGAACGAGGUCAUCGACACUAUAAACGACGAAGAGCAAGCGACUGCUGAUAAAGAAGAGCGAGCGCCGGAGCUCCAGCAUCAUAUCCGGCCGUGGCCGGGCGCGCCCGCGGGGGAGAUCGUGCGCGACGCCGACUUCACGACGCAGCCGCUGCCGGGCGACGCCAAUCUCGGUGCCGUGGUAACCCACGGCGCCGCGCGGUCCCGCGGCGGGAAGAUUGGCAUACUCUCGCGCACCAACGCCCCGCUGCUGGCGCUGCGCGACUGCCUCGCCAUGAGACACGUCGCGGUCCGCUUCGAGGGCCUCGAGACGCUCGCGAAAAAGCUCAAGCACACGCUCGCGAAGAUCGGGGCGCGGACGUUCGACGAGCUGAAGGACUACCUCGCGGCGGAGUCGAUGGCGGCGUCAUUUCGCGACGACGGCGGCGAGAGCGACGGCGACGACGAUUUUGACCCGUACGCCGAGGAGGAGCCGAAGUCGUCGACGCGCUUAAAGGCGCGAGACAUGCGCGCCUGCCUCGCGGUCGUCGUCGAGCGGCUCGAGUACGCUAGGAAGGGCGCGCCCGUCGACCUCGCGGACCUGGAGCGCCACAUCGACGGGCUCUUCGCGAACGCUGAACACCUGCUGCCGCACGAGCAGGAGGAGCAGGUCGUGCUGAGCACCGUGCACCGCGCCAAGGGGCUCGAGUGGGACACGGUCUACGUGCUCCAGCCGGACGACCUGCCCUUUGGGCCCGUCAUGGAAUGGGGCUCGGAAAAAGACCGGCGCCAGGAGUACAACGUGCAGUACGUAGCCUACACGCGCGCCAAGGGGAAGCUCGUGUUCCUGCGCCAUCUCCGUAAGAGCCGCGACGACCCCUGGAGCGACGUGAUCGAAGGCCUGUUCGCUGCACCGCCACCGGAGGAGGAGGCGCGCCCGAGGCGCCCGGCCCCGGCGGCGGACCCGUACGACCCCUGGCGCCGCCACUGCGAGUGGGCGAAUGGCGCCGCCGACGCGCCGCCGCCGCCGCCGGAGCCCGCGCAGAAUGAUGCGCAGGAUGAUUUUUUUACCUCUCUGGGCCUCGAUGACAUGCCCGCAACGCGGGCGGCGCUGGCGUCGGCGUAUCGCCGACGCGUCCUGGUUGUUCACCCGGACAAGCAGAUGCAGAAGCCGGCCGCCGAGCGGCUGUCCCCGGAAGAGGCAAAGCGGCUGUUCGUCGAGGCGACCUUCGCCUACGAGUUCCUCAAGGAAGCGUUCGACGACGACGACGAUUGUGAAUAAGACUGUAAGAACACAC